AUGGGAGUUGCAGUCCCCAGGGGAGAUGAAUACUGGUCCCUAGCACCACGCAGAGGUGCUUGCACAUUGCUAGGGGCCUUGAUUUCGCAGAUGUCCCUGCGGAGGCGCUUGAUUUCGCAGCUGUCUCCUGCGGAGGCUCUUGGUGUCGCAGAUGUCCCUACGGAUCCUCUUGGUAACGCAUUUUUCCUUGCGGAGAACUUGGUAAUGCAGCGGUCUCCUGCAGAGAACUUGUUGACGCAGCGGUCUCCUGCGGGUCUCAAUUGUCAUCACAGCGUCCCCCUGCGGAGUUCACUUGGUAACGCAGCGCCCCCCUGCGAAGCACCGUUCUUAUGUCACUGGGCUUGGAUCAGCAACAGCCGUCGUCACGGAAACCUCAGGCCCGAAGGUCAGAGGCGACACACCGCGGCCGCGACGUGUGAAGAAAGAGAAAUGCAUCGGGGAGGAGCCUGCUUUUAUGGACUUCAGCUAUGCUUUCUCGCAAAUACCAGCAGUGCAGGUUUCUCACCGAGGACGGUUCUGGCGGUCGAUGCAAUGUCUUCACCGGUCUUGAACCAUGAGCUGGACGAUGCUGUUGAAUGGAUCGCCAAUCAUGUCGCGGCAGACAGCACCACGACCGUUCAUUCCAUCUGGGUGUGUAGUAUUCCUGACUCACAGAAAGUGCUGGUCGAAUCACAAAAUUGGCGCAGUUGCAAUCGGAGGGCAAAGAGCUGGCUCGCCCAUGGUUCACAGUAG